UUCGGAGAAAUGUUUCAAGUUUAAAACACCAUAAUAUUUUGAAAUAUUUUUGAAAUUUGCAAUCGGGUGGGGAUGAAGUAAGACUACUACGACGGAAGAAAGUACGAAUAUUCUUCAUAACUUUGUCGAAGAUGAAUCGUGCAAUGAACAACAUGGAAGAAAUUGUACCGAUCUUGGAUGAAAAUGUGCAUAGUGAUGUCACCGAAAAUGCAAGUGCAAUCAUGGAACACGAAUCGCCAUAUGUGAUGGUCAGUGACAUUCAAGUAAGGAACAUUGAGGAAAUUGUCCCCAUUUUGGACGACAAUGUUUAUAUUGAUGUCUCCGAAAACGCAAGUGCAAUUUCGGAACACGAAUCGCCAUAUGUGAUGGUCAAUGUUCCGCAAUGCUCGAACCAAGGGAAUGUAUCUCCAAUCAUGUACAACGAUCGGUUCACGGAUAAAACCGAGGAUACGUACGAGACUUUGCCGGAAAUCGAUGAUAUUAUGUCCGAAAGCGACGAUAUUUCAGAAGAAACCGACGAGGAUCCUGUUCAUUCGAUUAGCGAACUAUCAGAGUUUAGUGAAACAGCAGAAGAGUUACAGAAAGAAUUAAAAAUCCAGCAAAACAUCAUCGUACAAUCUAAGAAAGCGCUACAAGCCUCAGCCGAUUAUAAUUUCAAUGGUAGAAUCGAAGAGAUGGAAGCGAGACGUUUUCUUUUAAUUGCCGAAACGACGCGCAACAUGAUUGAGGAGAGGCUUCGUAAUAUAAGUCUAGACUUGGAGGGAAACGGUGUGGUCAAGUUUAAGAAUUUUAGGUUCUCGAAAAAGUCCAUGAGCGUGAAGCUUCUUACCAAGGUCUUUAAAAAACAGAAAUCCGAAACGCGAUUGUGGUUUAUGAUCAUGAUGUCUUACGGAAAAGUAGUGUCAGCGAACAAAGUGUUAGAGAAAUCCGAUCAUAUCGUGUUCGAAGAUGAACUUGUUUUUGAGCGACUGCAAGUAGAUUUCGAUCUCACUAUGUAUCUUUAUUGCGUCAGUUUGAAGAAAGAACCGAAGAAGAAAAGCGGGAAAUCCGUUGAGAACUAUUGGGAUUUGGCAGCGAAAUUCGUUUUUGAUAAGGACGAUUUGAGGUCGAAUAAUUUGGUGUUGUAA